AGCUAGUAAACAAACGGGAUGAGACACGUUCAAAUUCAAACCAGACGUGAUGGAACAGAGUGAGAAUAAAGAGAAUAUACUGCUGCACAGAGACAAAACUGCAGAUGAUGGCGCCGCGGAUAGCACUAAUAAGAUGCCAAAGAUUGAGGAUUUCCAAUUCCUCAAACCAAUAAGUCGUGGAGCAUUUGGGAAGGUAUUUCUGGGAUGCAAGAAAGAAAACUCAUCUCAGCUGUAUGCCAUUAAGGUUGUCAAGAAGUCAGAUAUUUUACACAAGAAUAUGGUCGAGCAAGUGAUCACAGAGAGGGAUGCCUUGGCCAGAACAAAGAGCCCAUACUGUGUUCAGCUGUAUUAUUCUCUUCAGACAGCAUCAAAUGUUUAUCUUAUCAUGGAGUACUUGAUAGGGGGGGAUCUGAAGUCUCUCCUAGCUAUCUAUGGUUAUUUUGAUGAGCCCAUGGCCACAUUCUAUGCUGCAGAGCUAGGACUUGCCCUUCACUACCUACACAGUCAUGGAAUAGUACAUCGUGAUGUGAAGCCAGACAAUCUUCUUCUUGAUAACAAAGGCCACCUGAAGCUGACUGACUUUGGGCUCAGCAAAAUCACUCUUCAUAAGGAUAUUACUGGAACACCCACUGGCAACCUGCCGGCACAGCUGUACAUGAGGACUCCCGGCCAGAUUCUUUCCCUUGCCUCUCAGCUUUCCUUUAGAUCUGAAGAUGGUAAUCUAACCCUGGACAGCUCUCUAGUCAGUGAUCAGAGUACUUUAAGCAAUGCAGGCUUGAAGAAGCUUUCUUCAAGAAGUCGCAGUUUCAUCCAAAGGGGGCAGAGCAGAACUCGUGGAAGAGUGGCAGCAAAUGUUAACACCUCAAUGCAGUCCACUACACCUUGCAGCAGAAACAGUGGUGCAGUCUCCCCUGCAACUGUUUCACCUACUGUAAAGAAAGAAUGUCCCACAAUGGAAGAAUCACCAAAUACUAACAGAUAUGGCACCUUCUCUGACUUGAAGAAGCACUUUGAUUUCUCAAGUGACUGCUCACCUAAGGAACAGUCAGACAAGGAAGUGAAGAGCAGAGUGCCUUCUCCAUCCACACCAAAGUUUUAUACCCCUUGUCAGUCUCCACAUGAAUGUCAGUUGGUAUACCCUUCUCCCAAAGAAGGUGAUAUCUCUAGUGAUUUUGAUAUAUCAUCAGUUAGUGAUUUUGGACAUGAGAGUGGCAUCCAUCCCCUCUCUGUGCUUCACUCCAGAGACAACAGUCUAGAUGACAUCAAGGAAGAAGAUAUGGAAGAAAUCAAGGCCUCAGACGAUCACAUGAAUACAAGUUCACCAAAACAUGUAUCAUCCACUACUGUUGACUUGACAUGUGUACACGAGUCUGAUUCAUCCAUGCAGAGUGUUAACCCAAUAAAGACUAAUGAAUUGAGCCACAGGAAGCAUAGGGAGAAGAGAAAAGAUCCUGACACAGACCCAUCAGUUGAUACUUGUGAAAAUAAUGCUUCUCUAAAAGAGGACUCUUGCAUUUCUGGCUAUAGUGAUGAUGUUUUCCUUGAUGAGGUGAGUAAUGCCAGUAGCUUAGAACCUUUUGACUUGAAUGCAGCACCCAAGAGCACCAAUGAAAAUGACUUGAACAAGCUUCACCCACGCCUGCGGGCACUUUCUCAGCUGACUGACUAUGUUUCCCCGGUGGCUACUCUAGUUAGCACACAGUCAGCCAAAUCCAAACCAGUUUUCUCAGUAGCAGAUAUUACUACAAGUUCUCCUGUUUCUCCAAACUUCAGGAAAUGGGAACAGAAUUCCAAAUUUCCAAAAACUGCAAGUCAAACAGUGUUGCAUAUGGCUGUUUGUGAUUCUAAAGUGCCUGCUGAGAACAUAGAAGAAUCUCCAAACAAGGAAAUCAUCAGUACAACUUCAAGACCAAACUGUGAUGGUAUACAAGGGACUGAUAAUUCAUCCAGCUCUAAAGGAGACACAACAGUAGAAGACACGGUGCAUCAAACACCAAACAGCAGAGGUCAGCACAUCUUGGAAAAUUUUAAGGUGCCAGCCUAUGCUCGAGGAAUUAAGCGGCCAAUGGGUUCCACCUCUUCAGCCUCUCCAGUGACAGCCAGUUGUGGGCCUCACUCCACGGGACUCACAAGAACCUUUGGAACAAUUCAUUUUGAUGAAAACACACCAAAAAAGCAAGAUACCAAGAGGCUGCGUGUCAGCAAGCAAAGUAGGACAUCUUUCAGGACUUUGAAUGAGGGACAAGGAACUCCUGACAAUCAAAUCAAAAGAGAUAGUGGAGUAGAACUGACAGAACAAAACAGCAUGAAUUCUUCAGAUGUAACUUUUGAGUUAGUAAGAUGGUACAGUGAGAGUGACAUGAGCAUUGAUGAGGCCGAGAGGAAGCCCAGUGCUAAGGGGAAUCCCUCACCAUCAGCUGUGAGUUCUGCUUCACACACUUCCCGCUCCCAGCACUUCUUAAGCUACCACACGCCUGCAAGGAUACCUAGCAUCCCCAGCAGUCCUCUGCAGGAGUUUGGACAGACACCCUUGAGGGCCCCCAAGAGUGUGAGGCGUGGAGUUCAACCCAUUGGGUGUGAAUCUCGUAUAUUAGGCACCCCUGACUACCUUGCUCCUGAACUGUUGCUUCACCUAGGUCAUGGACCUGCUGUUGACUGGUGGGCUCUAGGGGUGUGCCUCUUUGAGUUCAUGACAGGCAUCCCACCUUUCAAUGAUGAAACUCCUGAGGCAGUGUUUCACAACAUCUUGCAAAGAGACAUCCCUUGGCCAGAGAAUGAGGAGGCUCUCUCCAAGGAGGCUGUGGAGUGUGUGGACAAGCUCUUGGAGUAUGACCCCAAGACUCGAGCAGAUUUUGAAUACAUCAAAACUACUGCCCUUUUUUCUAAUAUUGACUGGACCAACCUAAGCAGCACUCAACCACCCUUCAUUCCUCAGCCAGACGAUGCAAUGGACACAACCUACUUUGAAGCUCGAAACAAUAUCCAGCACCUCACCGUGUCCAACUUUGACUUGUGAAGCAAAGUAAUUUUUCAGAGUUUACUUAUUAGAUAUAUAGGAUUAAGUCCCUCAAAAAGCUUUGUAUUUCACAUUUUUCAAAUGCUGUACACUUUAUUUCAGUGGUGUAAUCUUACAAACUAUUUCUGUGCCAAAGAAUUGUUGGAAUUGAGCAUGUCAUUCAUAAUUGACAACUUGCCAGUCCAUGUGUUAACUUUCACGGUUCCUUAUCAGUUUUACUUUAAUUGUAUUAAUAAUGCUUCCCUAUAUAUCUAUAUAACAGUGACAGCCUUUCCAUUGGGAGACUACAAGACAUCAUACCUUGUCUUAUCACUGAAGUAAGAUUACAGAGGAGACCCCUGGUCCCCCAACCACCCUCACUCAGUCUCUUGAUCACAUAACAGUAAACUGAUUGAAGCUCGGUGGAUUUUAUAUUUGUACUGCUAUGCUUUAUAUAUAUAUAUAUAUAUAUAUAUAUAUAUAUAUAUAUAUAUAUAUAUAUAUAUAUAUAUAUAUAUAUAUAUAUAUAUAUAUAUAUAUAUAUAUAUCCACACAUUGUAGUUAAGCUAUAUGUAUAUAAUGAAAGGCCAUCAUGUAUUAUAGUAUUGUAGAGGCCUCUCAAUAAACUUUGAAGUGAUUAUAUAUAUUUUGAAGCAUUCACAAGAAUGGAAAUUAUUUUUCUGUAAUCAAUAUUUACUCUAACUCUUGGAUUUAAUUUUACAUAAGCAUUAACUCACCAGUCAUAAAAUAAAUAUUUUAAAGAUUUAAACUCAUAUACUCAGGCUUUUUAUACCUUGUAAUAUGCAAUAAAUAAGUAAGAUAUUUUA